AUGGAUGCGACACACUCGUUUAUUUUUGCUGACCGUGUGAAAAUAUUGGGCCUUGUGGUGUAUAUUUUGAGUAGUGGACUAGUUAUCGAUACUCCAACUAAUGGGUCGGUGUCUACUUCUUUAAUCUGCUUGAAUUUUCCUCUCUCAAUCUAUAGUAGAGACUUUGGUGUGGACUUAAUUUUUCUGCCACUAAGUGAUCAUGAUGUCAUUCUAGGGAUGAGCUGGUUGGAAUUCAACCAUGUUUAUAUCAAUUGCUACAACAAGUCAGUACGAUUUCUUGCUGCUGAUGAAGAAGAAGAAGAUAGUUUUAUAUCUGCUGAGGUAUUUCUAGAUGAUAUUUCAAAUUUCCCACUAGAGGGAGAGGUGGAGUUUGCUAUUGAUCUUGUUCCUGGUACUAGACCUGUUUCUAUGCCACCAUACAAAAUAUCAGCAUCAGAGUUGGAAGAACUGAAGAAUCAUUUGGGAGACUUACUUGAAAAGAAAUUUAUCAGACCAAGUGUGUCACCUUGA